GUCAUAUAUAAGAGAACAUUUUUGAUAACAUAGUUUAGGGAAGGUUGGGCUGCCAUUUAAACACAAAUUAAUUAUUAAAAAAAACCCAGGCCAUUAACCUUACUUGCACAAAACGGGAUUAAAUGAUAAGCGUUUGUUUAAAAAGGUCAUGCUAAAUGCAUAGACUAAAAAAAGUCACAUUACUUAGUAAGUACCUAGCUUCGAUUUUCCUCUCGCCCCCACCCCCCAAACCCUCCAGUCCCGUGAAAGGCAGCUUAGCGAGUCGCCUCCUUCUUCGCCUUGAAACUUUUGAGCACGAGUGAAGUAUUAAGAUGAGCAAAAUCAAAACAAAACCCUCCCAUAGGAGAGGUGAGUCACAAAACACUGGCUUCGGGGGUGGGGGGAGGAGGGUGAGAGGCAGAAAAGAACUAGGUUCUUUCUCCAACCAAGCGGGGGGCUGGUUUGCUGCGCCGUUUUAGCCGAGGUGAUGCUUCUGCUAGAGAUUUCGUUUCUUUCUUCACUCUGCAAGCAACCACAGAAAUCUGCCUGCAUCAAUAGAGAGAAAAAGGAAGGAGAAAUUUACUCGGAGGUAUAACAACUAUCGCAACAGUUGGAAGUACAAAGACCCAACUGCGGCGUGCGACGAACUUUCUCUCUCUGCCCCCUCCCUUCGCCUCAGCGCCCCCUCCCUUUCAAGAGGGAGGAAAAAACUUUUUUAGCCAAUCAACAGUGUGCCAGCCCUUCCGAGGCAGGUCUGCCAUUGGCGUUUCUAAGGUGAAAUAGCAGAGGAGAGUAUUUAUUAGAGAGAGCCGGAGUGAGCGUUAGGAGAGCUGAGGGUGAUACUAACUAGGUGAUUUGGGGAGCCUUCAAACUUUUUUCGCGCCCCCCUCCCCCAAGCCGAGGAAUUCGUCUCCCUUCUUUCGAAAGGGGUGAAAAAAAUACUCCACCCGUUCAACUUCACUUGCCGUCCCACCAGCUCCGCUUUGAUCGUCCGCGAACGGAACAGCAGUUACCCACAUGUCCGUUCCUUGAGACCAGCUUUCUGCAGCGGCGACUUCGCCACGCGCCCGCGACCCGAGUUUCUGCAAAGCCGUAGCUCUUCGCGCGCGCGUCGUUUUGCGUUGGCGCGUGCAAACUUUUCCUUGCCUCCUUUUCCAGCUGUCUAAAAAGACGUCGCUCUUUCUGAUUGUUUAACCCCCUCCCCGUUCUCCUCCCCCACCCCUUUCUCCCCUCCGCCUCGAUUUUCAUUUCCCCCCAUAUUUUGGCUGCGCCGCUUUCUCGCAUGAAUCUCCUCGACCCCUUCAUGAAGAUGACCGAAGAGCAGGAAAAGUGUCUGUCUGGCGCUCCCAGCCCGACCAUGUCGGAGGAUUCCGCGGGGUCUCCUUGCCCUUCGGGCUCCGGAUCGGACACCGAGAACACUAGACCCCAAGAGAAUACCUUCCCCAAAAAUGACCCGGACCUGAAGAAAGAGAGCGACGAGGACAAGUUCCCGGUGUGCAUCCGAGAAGCCGUCAGCCAGGUUCUCAAGGGCUACGACUGGACCCUGGUGCCCAUGCCCGUCCGGGUGAACGGAUCCAGUAAGAACAAGCCCCACGUCAAGCGCCCUAUGAACGCUUUUAUGGUGUGGGCUCAGGCGGCUCGGAGGAAGCUCGCGGACCAGUACCCACACCUGCACAACGCGGAGCUGAGCAAGACGCUGGGAAAGCUCUGGAGGUUAUUGAAUGAGAGCGAGAAACGCCCAUUUGUGGAGGAGGCUGAGCGGUUGAGGGUGCAACAUAAAAAAGACCACCCAGAUUAUAAGUACCAGCCACGAAGGAGAAAGUCAGUCAAGAAUGGGCAGGCUGAGCAAGAGGAAGGAACUGAGCAGACCCACAUCUCUCCUAAUGCUAUCUUCAAGGCCCUGCAGGCAGAUUCACCCCAGUCUUCAUCCAGCAUGAGUGAAGUACAUUCACCUGGAGAGCAUUCUGGGCAAUCUCAAGGGCCACCUACUCCUCCUACCACUCCUAAAACAGAUGUCCAGCCUGGUAAGCAGGACCUAAAGCGGGAAGGUCGCCCACUGCAAGAAGGAGGCAGACAGCCACCCCACAUUGACUUCCGAGACGUGGACAUUGGGGAACUCAGCAGUGAUGUCAUCUCCAACAUUGAGACUUUUGAUGUCAAUGAGUUUGACCAGUAUCUCCCGCCCAAUGGCCAUCCAGGCGUUCCAGUCACCCACGGCCAGCCCGGCCAAGUCACCUACACAGGCAGCUAUGGGAUCAGUAGCACCACAGCUGCCCCCGCAGGCACUGGGCACGUCUGGAUGUCCAAGCAGCAGCAGCAGCAGCAGCAGCCACCGCCUUCUCAACAGCCACCCUCCCAAGCUCAACCGCAACCACCACCUCCGCCGCCACCACAGCAGCAGCAGCACACACUCACCACCCUGAGUAGCGAACCAGGGCAGCCCCAGCAGAGGACACACAUCAAGACGGAGCAGCUCAGUCCCAGCCAUUAUGCUGACCAACAGCAGCAUUCCCCGCAGCAGAUCAGCUACAGCUCCUUCAACCUUCAGCACUAUGGCUCCUCCUACCCAACCAUCACUCGCUCCCAAUAUGAUUACACAGACCAUCAGAGCUCCAAUAGCUACUACAGCCACGCUGCCAGCCAGAGUUCCAGCCUUUAUUCUACAUUCACCUACAUGAACCCCGCCCAGAGGCCCAUGUACACCCCGAUUGCAGACACUACGGGGGUGCCUUCCAUUCCUCAGACCCACAGCCCACAACACUGGGAACAGCCGGUCUAUACACAGCUCACCAGACCAUGAAGUUCUGAAGGAUGGUGUCAAUUCCCCAGACUUAUAAAAAAAAUAUUUUUUAAGCUAAAAGUGAAUGGAAGAGAGGAAAAAUCAAUAUCAUAGAAUGCAUUGUGCACUACAGCAACCCUUUGAACCUGACCAGAUUCUCAGUCAAGAAACAUUCCCUGAUGGACUAAAUCCCUUGAUUUGAAGGCAGUUUUCAUUUUCUUCUUCAGACAGCCAGCUUAGUUUGCAUAGGUAUGGAUGUGUUAAUUAUUUUUUAACAAUAACUAAAAACAAAAAAUGAAAAAAAUAUUAUAAACUCAAAAGUAUUCCUCUGUGAGGAAUAUUCUCUAUUUUAAAUAUUUUUAGUAUGUACUGUGUAUGAUUUGUUACCAAUAUGAUGGAUUUAUAUGUACUUGUUUUUAGAGAAACUUUUAAAAAAUGCUCUUUUCUGUUUUUUUGGACAGUUGAACAAUACUUAGCAAAAGAGUAUGCCUUAGCCUUUUUCCCUGCUGUCAGAGGUAUUUUUCUAUAGUUAACAGUCUUUCACUUGUAGAGUUAAAUGUGUGCAUUAAAAGUCAAGGAAAGGAAGGAAAAAAGUGCCCACUAACGCAAUUAUGGGGAUUUGGAAAGAGACUUUUAUUUUUCUAGCAUGGAAAUAAAAUAUGUCUGGGAAGAAAAAUUUAAGCAAAAAGCAAAAAUACCUUGAGCCUUAAAGUAACACUAUCAGAACGCCUUAAAGAAAAACCCUGUGAUAUCUUCCAAAAGACUUGCACAAUUAUUUUCCCCCCUGCCAAGGGAAAAUAUGGAACUCCCAAGAAGAGAGCUCAGUUUUAAAGGUCUGAAGCUUUUUAAUUAUUAUUAUUGUUAUUGUUAUUAUUAUUAUUUUAUUUGCAACUACCAGCACCAAGUUAUAAAGUCAGAAACCAGCAUUCCCUACCUUGACCCCUUUUCUUCAACUUCCAACACCAGGCCAACAUUUGUGAGACAGAUGCGGUCACUCAAAAAACCAGGAGCCCUCCCUGCAAAUUGCAUGAAAAAAUAGAAUUCUUUAUCCCAUGAAGCCAGCUUGCGAGGGAAGGAGAUGGGGAUGACACGGGGAUACCAGCUUUAGCAAGGUUCAUGGAUGACAGUAGUAGGGUUUUUUUUUCUUUUUUAAAAAAUAUAUAUAUUUAUUUUGUGAAAAAGAUGUUUUUAAUCAAGAACAUGGGUUUUUUCCCAUUUCCCCCUUUCCACAUUAGAAAUUCUUGUAAUGUAAACAGAAAUACCAGCAUCUUACUCAGAGGGUAUAUGGUGCCUAAUUGUUAAAUUAUGGUCUAAAUCAAUAACCCUUUAUUUUAUUUAUCUCUGUCUUUGUUUUUGUAUUUUAUUCUUUCAGAGUGUGUCUUAGGUUUGUACAAAUACAUUGCUCCCUUUUGUCUUUCUUUCUUUUCUAUUUCUUUGGUAAGAAUAAACUGGAAAGCUUU